UGAUUUCGCCCAACCAGAAGUUCACUUUUUCAUUAAACAAAAGAUGGAUAAAUCAUGUUAUGAAAAGAAAAUACACUUGCGUUCCGAUAUCAUGCUUCGUCAAAUUAAUUUACAUAAAGUCAUUACCAUUAGACUUCCUAUAAAAGAGCGGAAAGAUGAAGAAAAUAUCGUGCUUGAAACAAAAUCGUCCAAAUGCGCUCCUUCCUUUGCUUCGUAACAUUCUUGGCGUUGGUGUUAGCUGUAUCUGCUUCACCAAUUGAUAUAAAGCGUAAUGAUGAUUUCGGAUCUACUGGAAAAUGCACCCCAGGACAGGUUUUCUUCAUGAGCUGCAACCUUUGCAAAUGUAGCUCUGAUGGCAACUAUGCUGCUUGUACAUUCAUGCAGUGUUUCGAUUUCAAUUUUGAAGAAGAACAAAGAAGUAAAAGAAGCACCAACGAAGUAGUCGCAAAAUUAAGCUCAGACAUUCCGCGCAUUUCUGGUUAUACUCAAGGAGAUCAAUGUCCAUCCAAAAGCUUUUACAAUGACUGUAACAUGUGUGUCUGCGGUCCUGACGAUGCUUCUGCUGCCUGCACAAUGAUGAUGUGUAUGCCUGGUGAAACUCAACAACCUUCGAAAAUAGUUCCAGCAAAGCUGAAUGAUAUCGCACGCAUUGACGAGUACUCGCAGGGCCAGGCAUGCCCCGCCGGAGAGUUCUUCCACGAUAAAUGCAACGUUUGCCACUGCUCUGCUAAUGGAUUCUCUGCUGCUUGCACUUUGAUGGGUUGCCCAUCCGAGGACACUACUCAGCCAAGGGCUCAGGUCACGGAAAUUUACAACUGGCCACGUAUUGAUAAUUAUAUGCACGGCGAGCCAUGCCCUGCUAACAAAAUGUUUCACAACCAGUGCAACAUAUGCAGGUGUAGUCCCGACGGCUAUUCUGCAGCUUGUACUAUGAUAUUUUGCCUGCUUGAAAACUGAACAAGAAAUCUGCAUCGUAUAUUUUCAUCUUCUGAAAAAUUAACCAUUCUGAAAUAUUAUCCAUUCAUCGAUCUGCCAAUUACAUAAUGUAAAAUCUUAAUUAUAAAACCACACGAGAAUACAUACACAAGUUAAUUUAUUCCACAUGUUCAGUGUAUUUUAUUCGAAAGAAAUCAAUCUCAACUUUUAAAGCAGCAACACUUUUUAAGAAAAACUUCGAUUUCCCAUGACUCAUUUAUUCUCGGAACGACGACAAAUCGAUUACCUUCAGGAAGCUCAAGUAGUCUCCGGUGCUUCUCGAAAACUCUGGUAUCUCAGUAACGCUUGUUUGUCGUCUGUAGAAAACAGCAAGAGCCUCUGUAGACAUAUCAUCGCAGCGGAGAGCACAAUCGGUGCAAAAAAGCAGUAGAGCUGCAACAGCAGAGUAAACACGUUGAUAGGGAGAAAGUCUCACACUUCGCGUCUUGAUUGUCCGGUACUGCUGAGUAAUCCUGCAGUAUAGACGAGCUUUCCCAGAGGUCGAACAUUAAAUUAUCCAACUCAAGAGAUUAUCCUAGAGAA